GUAGGCGUGUCUUGCGCUCCAAAGUCUUUCCAGCCUGGUCAACUGCAACUUCUACUGCAGGAAAAGUUGCUUUGCUCGUUGCAUAUUGCUUCUGUUUCCAACAACUAAAACCAUCGACCUCUUCCAGUUCUUCUGCCCUGCUUUGGUUUUAUCAUGCGUGAGAGCCAUGUUACCCAUCUGCUCCUCUCUCUUCUCUGCAUUGGACUGACUGCCCAGUCUGAGCUGGACACAGACCAGGUGGUUCCCAGACUGCUGUCCGGACAGGAGGCGCACCUCUCCUCCGACCACACCGUCCUCACGCUGCAGCGCCGCGGCCAGCGCUCCCUGAACAGCCCGAGGAAAGAACACUCCGACCCAGACAACAUCAUUCUGUCGCUGCCUGCUUUUGGAAGAAACUUGUAUUUAAAUCUGACGCGGGACAGCACGUUUCUGUCGAAGGACUUUGUUGUGGAGGAGAGGCACAGUGACCAGAACGCAUCAGUCAGCCGCUUAUCCACGCAGCAGCUCUGCUUUUAUUCCGGCUCCAUCAUCAACCACACGGACUCUCUGGCAUCACUGAGCACCUGCAGCGGUCUGACUGGGCUCAUCCAGAUUGGGGAGGACAGCCUGUUCAUCCUGCCGGUGGAUGAAUAUGAUCCAUCACAGUCAUUCUCUGGAUUAAAACACCAGCUGCUGCGACAUCGACGUUCAGCUAAGACCAACUCUGCUUUUGAUGCAGUUACUUCAAACUACUGUGGGACUGUACAAGGGAGGGAGAAGAGGUCAAGAGUGGGCGACGAGGGUCGUGGGAAGAGAAAUGCCAUUCGCCUGCAUGAUACAUACACUGUUGAGACGGUGGUGGUGGCAGACUCAGACAUGGUGCAGUACCACGGUGCUGAGGCAGCACAGAGGUUCCUGCUGACUGUCAUGAACAUGGUCUACAACAUGUUCCACCAUCAGAGUCUGGGAGUCAGGAUCAACAUUCAAGUCACCAAGCUGGUGUUGCUUCAUAGCCGUCCUGACAAGCUUAAGGUGGGCCAUCAUGGAGAAAGGUCUCUGGAGAGCUUCUGUCUUUGGCAGUAUCAAGAAUUUGGGGGGCAUCGGUACCUUGGUUCCAACCAUGUUCCUGGUGGAAGGGAUGACAUCCCACCUGUGGAUACUGCUGUUCUGGUCACCAGGACAGAUUUCUGUGUUCAUAAAGAUGAGCCAUGUGAUACUGUGGGUGUAGCUUAUCUGGGUGGUGCCUGCAGUGCCCAGAGGAAGUGUGUGUUAACGGAAGAUAAUGGACUCAAUUUGGCCUUCACCAUUGCUCAUGAGCUGGGACACAACAUGGGAAUGAGCCACGAUGAUGACCAUACCACCUGCACUGGCCACUCCCAUAUUAUGUCUGGUGAAUGGGUGAAAGGAAGAAACCCCAGCGACCUGUCCUGGUCCUCCUGCAGUCGCGAUGACCUGGAAAACUUCCUCAGAUCCAAAGCCAGUGCCUGCCUCCUGCAAACAGACCCCAGAAGCCGUUACCAGGUCAGGCUGCCUCCCAAACUGCCAGGCAUGCACUACAGUGUGGAUGAACAAUGCCAGAUCCUUUUUGGGGCCAACGCUACUUUCUGCAAUGACAUGGAGCACCUUAUGUGUGCUGGCCUGUGGUGUUUAGUAGAGGGAGAUGCAUCCUGCAAGACAAAACUGGAUCCUCCACUGGAUGGAACAGAGUGUGGAGCAGACAAGUGGUGCAGGGCUGGUGAGUGUGUUAGUAAGACUCCCAUUCCUCAGCACGUGGACGGAGACUGGAGUCCAUGGAGCCAGUGGAGCAUGUGCAGCAGGACCUGCGGGACUGGAGUCCAGUUCAGACAGAGGAAAUGCGACAACCCUCCGCCUGGUCCAGGUGGUCGACACUGCCCAAAGGCCAGUGUGGAGCACAAGGCGUGUGAAGGUCCUCCAUGUCCCAAGGGGGUAACUGGCUUCAGAGAUCUGCAAUGUCUGUCCUACGACCGACAAACGAGCAAGAAGAAGGGCAGCAUGCUGACUGCUAUUAUUAAUGAUGAGAAGCCAUGUGUGUUGUUCUGCAGUCCAGUGGGUCGAGAUGUCCCAGUUCUGAUGGCUGACAGAGUGAUGGAUGGGACUCCCUGUGGACCAUAUGAGACUGAUCUGUGUGUUAAUGGGAGGUGUCAGAAAAUUGGUUGUGAUGGCAUCAUUGGCUCUUCAGCCAAGGAGGACCGCUGUGGUGUCUGCAAUGGAGACGGGCACUCCUGCAAAAUAGUGAGAGGAGACUUCAACCACACAAAGGGAAUGGGCUACAUCGAGGCUGUGGUUAUCCCUGCAGGAGCUCGGAGGAUUAAAGUAGUGGAGGACAAACCUUCACAUAGCUUUCUGGCCCUAAAAGACUCCAGUAAGAGGUCCAUCAACAGUGACUGGAAGAUUGAACUUCCAGGAGAGUUUGAACUGGCUGGGACCACAGUGCGCUAUGUCAGAAGAGGACUGUGGGAGAAAAUGUCUGCCAAGGGACCCACUAAGACUCCCUUACACCUGAUGGUGCUUCUCUUUCAUGACCAGAGCUAUGGGAUCCACUAUGAGUACACAGUGUCUCUGAACACAACUCAGAACAGGAACAGUGAGGGACAGAGGGAACCAGAGUAUCUCUACAUAUGGACACACAGCAGCUGGCAAGACUGCACUGUCCAAUGUGGAGGAGGUGAAAGAAGGACAGUGGUUUCCUGUAUUAGGAUAGUCAAUAAAACCAUGGAGGUGGUCAACGAUAGUUACUGUCAACCUGAGAACCGGCCACAGCCCCAAGUACGGCUCUGCAACUCCCACCCCUGCCAGUACCGGUGGGUGACAGGUGAGUGGGGAGCCUGCUCUGUCACAUGUGGUAAGGGUCUUCAGCAGAGGGAGGUGGUUUGUGUUUACCACCUACAGAAUGGCUCACUUAUCCACACCAGAGACCUGUACUGCCAGGGAGGAAAGCCUUCUGUCCUACAGGGCUGUGAGGGCAACCUCUGCCUCACAGUGUGGGAGGCUUCAGAGUGGUCCAAGUGUUCAUCAUCUUGUGGUCAAGGUGUUCGCAGACGGACAGUGUCAUGUACAAACCCUCAGGGUCUAUGUGAUCCUUUGUCCCAGCCAACUCAAGAGGAACACUGUGAGGACUACUCGAAAUGUUACGAAUGGAAAACUGGAGGCUGGUCCAAGUGCUCAUCAUCCUGUGGAAAGGGCCUGCAGUCACGAGUGGUCCAGUGUAUGCACAAAGUGACUGGUCGUCACGGUAACGACUGCCCUGUGACACUGCGACCGCCAACCUACCGACCCUGUCACCAUGGUACCUGCAAUGAGAAAAUUAAUGUGAACACCAUCACCUCCCCUAGGCUAGCUGCUCUGACCUACAAGUGCAUGGGGGACCAGUGGACGGUAUACUGUCGUGUAAUCCAAGAGAAGAACCUCUGUCAGGACAUGAGGUGGUAUCAGCGCUGCUGUGAAACCUGUAGGGACUUUUAUGCCAAGAAAAUACUGCACAAGAGCUAAUGACCAAACAUACCUAUUUUCCUCCUUUGUAAAUGUUUUUAAUGUUGUUAAAUGUUGUAAAGAAAAAAAACACAUUUUGUAUUUAAAAGACAAAAUACCAAGAACAUUUAGGUAUAUAUUUAAAAGGUGCUCAUUACGCUAGAAAAAGAAAAGGAUAAGCGAGAAACCACAAUGGGUGAGCUUUAUUGCACAGAAAAAUCGACAAAUAUGUGCUUGAUUUUGAAGGAGACUCCUGGCAGAUCUAACAGAUAAUAUGGAAUCAGAGUCUUCUCUCCUGUCUCCUUUUAUUUUGCUUUCCUUUGUAUUGUUUACUUUUUUCAUUUUGUAUUAUAGGUAAUUGUUGCAAUUUCAAAUAAUUGGUAAAGUUUUUAUGUCAGUAAAAUUAUGAUACUCAAUUGUCAAGUAUGCUGUAAUAAUGUGUACGUAUGAUCAGAAGUCAUGGUCAGAUACUGUAGGAUUACAGUGAAUCAACCCAGCUAAUGAUCAGAGACCCACUGAUCAACAGGUCAGCUUGAAUUGCUAAUGUAGCAGAAAAUGGUUGAAACAUACGCGUCAGUUUAUGUUUUGUUUGCAGUCCAGCUGAUGGAUUUAAAUCAUUUCUUGCUAAUAAUAUUACUCAGUAUUAAUAUUACUGUCACAAGUUUAACUGUGUAUUUCAGUGCAAAAUUGUGUGUGCAAGUGUAGUUGUUAGCCUGUAAGAUGUAGGGGGUCAGUAUGAGCAGCAAUAACUGACCAUCCAGGCUGGAUGUACUCAUCUUGGCCAUGUGCAUCAUGACAACAUGUGUCGAGUGUGAACAUAGCAAUGAACAUGGAUCUGCUUUUGCUCCUUUACAGAUGAACUAUUUACUCACAGCUGGUGCACAUAAAGAUUCAGUAAUCCAAAGUCUGAUUAUACUGACAAAUCAAACUAAAACCUUUUAUUCAAGAUUUUUAGUCCAUAGUAAAUUUCACCGUCUUAUCUGACAAAGGCAUUUUCAUUUCAAAUGUUUUGUAUUCAGAAUAAGUCCAGAUACAAAUUUAGCCACGUGUACAGUGUCUCAGCUGGCCAGAUCACUGGUUUCAUGGUAGUUUCUUUGCUUUGUCAGACAUACACAAAACAGGUUUGACACUCCUUCUGUCCUCCCUGUGGUGGGAAUGGUAAUGCACAUGAAUCUUUUUGGUGAUUUACAAAACCAUCACCAGAAUAAUUUCUGCACUUGAACAUCUUUAAUUAAAUAAAAGUCAUCAAGCUGCCUUACAGCCUUCUAUAAACUAGCCCAACACAUCAUUGAAACAUGAUUGUGAAAGAAUUUAAAUUCCCAACUCACAUGUGAUGCAUUUUUCUUAUGCCUCUAUGCUCUAAAUCUGAAUAUUUUCGUCCCCUGGAAGUUUUUAAGGUUUUGCACAAAAAAAAUGAGAAGGCUGCUAAAAUAUGUUCCAGUGAAAUAAAAUCAUGCAGAACAUGUGGGCUAAUAAUGUAACUUGAACCCUUAUUCUGACUGAUGGCUUUUGCUCCUCUGUCUCUGCAUAUUGACUUCACUAAGCUGAGCUGCUCUGACACAAGUUUAUGAAAUAGUUUCACCUCCAAAAAGGUGUCACACAGACAAGGCCCACUGUCCUGGAGCUCCAGAUCUGGCCAGAAAACGGAUCCUAUUCAUGCACACAUACGAUGUACAAACACCUAAUGCUGAGUGAUCUUGUGUACUUCUGUGCGUAAGUCGUAACACAGGUCAGAAACGGCUCCUCUUACAGAUGCAACAGAGACACUGCUGUUCAGUCGAGCGCUCUUUAAAAUGAAAAUCCACCUAAGGCUACCUCCUCCUGCUGCUUUAAGCUGAGGAUCUCAUAGAGAGGCCAGAUAUCCCAGCUAUCAGCUGCCAGACAAGCUGCACCAAUAAUGCACAUAACAUACUAUUUUUAAAUGGUCAAGAAUUUAACACUUUAUCAGUACUAAAGAUCUGAAAAUGUCAUCAUCACCCUGUGAGCCAUUUUCUUUACAUAAACAUGGAGUGUGUGUGCGUGCGUGCAUGUGAGUGUGUCUGUUAACAAAACCCUCAGUCAUUUCCAAAAGGAGGUGUUGAAUGGUGCUAUCUUAUACCCGGUUUCACUACUGUGGAGUUCAGCUUGUUAUCAGUAAUAAUCCUAUUGUAAUUGUUUCAGUUAACACUUAACAGCUCUUUGUUUUUAUUUGUUGAGAGAUUAUUUAAUGACAUUACCUUUAACUGACCUUUUAUUUCAUGUCUGACAGAGUACAAACAUGCUUCUGUAUGGUAUUUGUAUUUUGUUAAUUGCACAUGCACCAGGUUUGGUAUUAAAAUGCCACUACAUAUAUUUUUUGAUUCAAAUUUAGAACUUGAUAAAUAAUUUGUGUAUACUGAGAUUUAACUAUUUGUGAAUUUUUAAAUGUUAUCCACUUAGUGUCCCGUAAUAAUCUAACUAGACCAUCAGACUGAGGAACGGCUUGAAUUCUAGGAUCAGAUUCUCUUCUGUCUCACAUCAGCAUUGUUUUGAUUCUGUUUUAUUUUACUUGACAAUGAAAAAUGUUAUUUUACGCAGGAUGAAACAACCCUGUUUGACAGACUGUUAUGUGGAUUUACCAUUAAACAAGAAUGCAAACA